GAACCUUAAACAACAGCAUAGUGCUUUAAACUAUAUCUUUUGUGUUUUACUUUCGUUUGUUGAUUUGAUUUUCUUAGCUGGCUACAGAAAAACGGAUCCAAAUGACAGCCGAACCCUAAAGAGCGAAAACACACACGAGCAGAGAAGGCCCCUCCCUCAGAGCCCUGAGAACAUGAAACACGAGGAAAUAGACACAAACACACAGUCCGUGGACGCAAUGAAGCAGUAAACCACAGGCAGCAUCAGUUCAGUCCUCAAACAGGAAGAUUUGUGCAGUCUGUGUGUGGUUCCAGACAGCAGGAUGUUCUCGUCAGUGAAGCCGUUUGAAGAGCAGCAGUUUUCAGCCCUGAGGAAACAGUGCCAGCAGAACAGGACUCUGUUUGAAGACCCCGUCUUCCCCGCUGUGGACCAGUCGCUCUUCUAUCAUGGGAACCGCAUCGGGAAAGUCACCUGGAAGAGACCAAAGGAGCUGUGUGAAGACCCGCACUUGUUUGUGAACGGGAUCAGCGCUCAUGACCUGAACCAGGGGCAGCUGGGAAACUGCUGGUUUGUGGCGGCCUGUUCCAGUCUGGCCUCCAGAGAAGCUCUGUGGCAGAAGGUUAUCCCAGAUUGGAAGGACCAGGAAUGGGACAAGCAGAAACCGGAGAGCUAUGCUGGGAUAUUUCACUUUCGGUUCUGGCGUUUUGGAGAAUGGGUGGACGUCGUUAUUGAUGACCGACUGCCAACCGCAAACGGACAGCUCAUCUACUGCCACUCCAACGACAGUAAUGAGUUCUGGAGUGCACUGGUGGAGAAAGCCUAUGCCAAGUUAUGUGGCUGUUAUGAUGCUCUGGAUGGCGGAAACACGGCUGACGCUCUUGUGGAUUUCACUGGUGGAAUAUCUGAGCCCAUGGAUCUGCUGGAAGGGAAGUUCAGUCAGGAUGAAGAGGCCCGAAAUCAGCUGUUCGAGCGCGUUCUGAAGGUCCACAACAGAGGAGGCCUGAUCAGCUGCUCCAUUAAAGCGACGAGUCAGGCGGACAUGGAAGCCCGUUUAGACUGCGGCCUGGUCAAAGGUCACGCGUAUGCGGUGACUGAUGUGCGUAAGGUGCGUCUGGGCACCGGCCUGAUGGCGUUCUUCAAAUCAGAGAAGCUCUCCAUGAUCCGUAUGAGGAACCCGUGGGGUCAGAAAGAGUGGAUCGGAGCUUGGAGUGAUAGCUCAGAGGAGUGGAAGAGAGUCAGUAAGAGUGAGCGAGAGAAGAUUGGUGUGACCGUGGAGGAUGACGGCGAGUUCUGGAUGGAAUUUGAGGAUUUCUGUAAGUAUUUCACCGACCUGAUUCUGUGCCGCUUGAUUAACACGUCGUACUUGAGCAUCCACAAGAUCUGGGAGGAGGCAGUGAUGCGGGGCUCCUGGAGUCGCCAUGACGACCCGUUAAAGAACCGAUCAGGCGGCUGCAUCAACCACAAAGCCACGUUCCUCCAGAACCCACAGUAUGUGUUCGACGUGACGAAGACUGAGGACGAGGUUCUGAUCUGCCUUCAGCAGCAGGACAAGAGAGCUCAGUCCAAAGAUGGGAAAGGAGAAAACAUCGCCAUCGGCUUUGAUAUCCAAAAAGUGGAGCUCAACCGGACGUACCGCAUGCACACCAUCCAGAAAACAGUGGGCAGCUCCAUCUACAUUAACUCCCGCAGCGUGUUUCUGCGCAAGGACCUGAAGGAGGGCCGCUACGUCAUCAUUCCCACGACCUUUGACCCCGGCCUGCAGGGAGACUUCCUGUUGCGUAUCUUCACGGAUGUACCUGCAGCCUGCAAGGAGCUGGCAUCAGACGAGCCGCCCCACACCUGCUGGACGGGGUGUUGUGGGUAUCCAAAGCUGGUCACACAGGUGCACGUCCACAGAGCAGAUGGGCUCCAGGCUCAGGACUCAGAUGGAUCGUCGGACCCGUACGUCAUCAUCAGCUGUGAGGGAGAGAAGGUUCGUUCGCUGGUGCACAAAAACACUCAGAGCCCAGACUUUGACGUGAAGGCGGUUUUCUACAGGAAGAAGCCGAAAGAGCCGAUCCGCAUUCAGGUCUACAACAAGAACAUUCUGAAGGACUCGUUCAUGGGUCAGGCGACCUUGAGCGGCGACCUGUCCGACCUGCAGCAGCUUCACACCCUUCACCUGCGUGACAAAGGAAACCGGCAGAGCAGCGAGCUCCCGGGUCUGGUCUCGGUGAGCCUCACGACCAGCGACGUCCUGACCAACAUCUGAGCAUGUUACGGUGACCAUAGAGGGUUUACAACACGUCCUGUGUCUGUGGAAAAUCAUAGAGUAUUACACUUAUAUUUACAUGCUCUUGAUCUUUUUGGGAAUGUUUCUUGGAAGCUGAUUUACUUGUUUACAAGCACUUUUUACAACUUAAAGGGAGAGUUCAUUCAAAAAUGAAAAUCAUUUACUCACCCUCAAUUGCUUCAUUCGUCUGUUGAAGAUAUUUAGGUAAAUAAAUAGUUGACGGUAGCCAUCGACUUCCAUAGUAGGGGAAAAAAUACUGGCUACCUUUGCCAACAUUAUUCAGAAUAAUUUAUUUUGUGCUCAGCAGAAGAAAGAAACUCAUACAGGCUUUACGCAACAUGAGUGUGAGUAAACAAUAACAGAUUUUUAAUUUUUGGGUGCACUGUCCCUUUAAAAGUGUCAUUUUCUGCUCUUAUGUGCUUUCAAAUGUUGGGAAUGUGUAUAUAUAUAUAUAUUUCAAGAUAUCGUAGGAUAUGCAUUUAUAAUAGUAUAUGAAAUAACAUGCAUGCAUCUAUCUAAUACCACUAUGUACUAUUCAGAUAUGUAGUUAGAAAUGUAAGUUUUAUGAUCAUAAUUUCACAUUUAAUUUGCCAAACAAUCUGAAAUGGAGGGCAUUUAGGAGGGUGUUUAGUCUCUCUGUUGUGUUAUCGCUUUCAAAUAUUUGCCAUAAUCUUGACCACAUGUUGAUUUUUUUUAUGAAUCGGUUUAUCAAGCUUUUGUGAAAGGAAACAUUUCUACGAACGAUGUGGUGUUUUAUCUAGUGUUUUCAUCUGUUUACCAGAAUCCAUGAUUCAUGUUUAACAUGGUGUUUGAAGUAAAUAUUCCAUACAGGCAUGUGAAAAUGUCUCUGUUUAAGGAAGAGCCAAUGCAUGAUGAGUAUAAAGAGUUUUAAAAGCCGUACAGCUGUUUAAAAAUACAUUUUAAACAUUUAAUAGAAAUGAUCACUAGUGUUUACUAUAUAAUAGGUUAUCUAAGGGGUUAAUAUUAUCCACACAAUGUAAAGCGCAGUUAUAACCACUAGGUGUCAGUAAGUCAACAGAGGAAGAAGCAGGUUUCUGGCUUUUUUUUUUUUUUUUUUUUUUUUUUUUUUGAAAAAUCUAAAUGUCAUCAUAAAGCCAAAACUGUUCUCCUCUGUGUUUACCCUCUAAUACCAAAUGCCAAGAUACUUCUUAGAUGUGAAAUGUGAGAAUCUCUCUACAUCUGUGCCAUUUUACAAUCACUAUGAAUUAUUUAGAUUUUAUUACUCAUUAUUUUUCAGUUUCUUUGCGUGUGAUGCCUGUUGUCUGUUGUUUACAGAUGAAUAGAUGUGCCUUAUCAGAACGGGUAAAAAAGCCAAAGAAACCUUGAUCAUAUCCUGUGAUGUAUCUUUUUGUAUUUUGAGAUUGUGUUUUUUCUCACUCUUUCACAAAAUGAAAUAAAGUUUAAUUGAAUGUUCA